UGUUGUCGCAAGAAAUUCACGCGAAAGUUUUUAUGAUUUUUUUCAGACCGAUUCCAAAGAAGAUGAAGAGAUUAAUUGAUGGCGAUUUAGCUUCGCUUAGAGAUAUCAGAAAAAUGUCGACAAGAGACAGGCUUAAAGAAAAACUGAAAGAACGACAGAAUCAAUCUCAAAAUGCACUAGAGUCAAAAGUCAAUGCUGCUGAAGAAACAAGUGAGAAUGGUUUAAACAAACUGAAGAGACAAAGGAAGCGGAAGAAAAAGUCAAAGAGGUCAGAUGAAAGUCCCAGUGUUUAUUUAAAUAAUGAGCACGACAAAGACGUCACUAAAGAGGAAAAUUGCCACCAACACUGUGAAAAUACACAUGUUAAACAACACCAUACUUCAGAUGAAGCUGAGAAGAAUAAUGAAAACAUGAUAAGUAAGGUACAACUUGAGAAGACAAACAAAGGACACGAAGAAGUGGCAGCUACAAGCAAAGUAGAAAAAGAGGCUUAUGAUCCAAAGGUGGAUGACACAGAAUUUACUAAGACAAAUGCUGCAGAUGGGAAUUGUAUAUAAGUGUAAGCUUUAAAUAUUUUCAUAUUUCUAUCUUAUAUCAAUUCUAGUUACGAAACAUGAAGGUUAUACAAUUUAAUCACAUUGCUGAAACAAAUAAAAAAAUACA